UUUACGAUUUUGAAAUCAUAAUUCUUAAGUUUAACAUCUGUUCGUUCAAAAUCACCUUAAAAUUUAAAACUAAUAAGUUCGAAAAACUAAGUGAUUUUAAAAUGAUACAUGACAUCUUGUUUACGCUGUUUUCCUCAAAUCCUGAUCUUCCUAUCGAAAAUUUCACGAUCCCGGAAGUAGCAGCCAGCUUCCUGCAUCCGGGUGAAAUAAAAAUAUUGGAAGAUCUAAUCCGGAUUGCCAAUCAGUAUAAAGAAUUAAAAAAGUUUAUCCAUCAGUACGGAACGCAAUCCGCCGGGUUGCUUAAACCAAAACAACAGAAACCUUCCGAAGAACCUUUGGCCCAGGGACUAUAUUUACAAGCUUUUGCAGACGGAUUAGAUCUGGCUGUAAAAUCUUACCGAGAUCUGAUCGUUCAGCUUGAGGCAAACUACCUGAAACGACCAAAUUUGUCUUUGAUUUUCAUCUAUCAUCAAGUCAGCCAGUACCAGGCACUUUUUGGAUUCCUGCUCCGAUUAGUCGGGGGAAUAGUCACUCAAAGGAUCCAUGGUUGCGCGUUAUUGCAGUAUCUUCAGCAGCAUUGUCUUCAUGGGGACGAACGCAACUAUGAAGCGGUCAAAUUAAUUCAAAAUUCCGUGUACGCUAUCUUUAUUAAACAACUGUUCGGCUGGUUGCUGCAUGGUAAAUUCGUGGAUCAGUUUGAUGAGUUUUUCAUCCAACACGUGGAACCGGUACGAACUGUGGGUUCGAUUAAUGAUGGCCACGCUAGAAGUGGUGGAGGAGGAGCAGUAGGAUUGGUUAGCAAUACUGGAGGAACCGGUACCCAAGUUUCAGUGAGCAGUUUCUCUGACAACACUAGCAUAAACACCGAACUCUGGCGCUACGAGAUACGACGCGAUGUACUACCGUAUUAUUUUCCAGCUAGCUGGGCUGAGAAAGUACUUUUCAUAGGUCAAACAGUACUCAUGUUGAACUGUGACCCUCGAGAUAGUACGGAGAAAAAGCCAGCUGCUGAAAAGCGUACAAUUGGUAAUGAGAAAAAAAUUGUUGCCGCCAAAGAAAGUUUGUGGGGCGAUCAGGAGUUUGAGUUUUUUAAGAAAUUUCAUCAGCUGCAGGUGGAGAACAAUCUUACUAUAACCAAAUUUGAGCACAUAGUCGAUGAGAUUAAACUAUGUGUAACGGAACAAAUGUCGGAGAUUGCCAUUAAAGAGGCGGAUCUAAUUAAACAGUUAAAUCUGAUUAAAGAUUACUAUCUACUGGGCAGAGGCGAACUGUUUUCCGAACUAUUGAGACAAACGCAAUCUCUUGGAACACUGUUUGCAAAGGGUAUAACGGAUGCAUCAUCGAGAGACUUGAAUCGAGCAUUCCAGUUGGCUGCAAACAGUGUCAAUAUAACGGAAGACAUUGACCAGUUUUCGUUCGUUGUUCCACCUAAAGAAGAAGUAGAUAGUUUCUGUUACGAAACAAAAGGCAUUCUCAGCUACAUCACACUUAAGUACAAAGUGAAAUGGCCUCUGCAUUUAUUAUUUUCUCCAAAGACCUUGGACAAGUACAAUGAUAUGUUCAGAUUUCUACUUCGAAUUCGCAAAAUCCAAUACGAUAUCCAUCAAGUGUGGUCGUUUCAACGGGAACGAAAAAUCAAGAAAAACUCGGAAUUGCUCCAGUUUCGGAACAAGUUGAUGUUUUUGGUGGAUAAUUUGCAAUAUUAUCUGCAAGUCGACGUACUCGAGAGUCAAUUUAGUAUUCUGAUGGGAGCAAUCGAAGAAACAAGGGAUUUCGAGAAAAUUCAAAGAGCACAUACAUUAUUCCAGGUGAAUGUCUUGAGCUUGUGUUUUCUACUCUCAAACACAACUGAAAAUGAGAUGUCCACUACCGGGUUUAUUCAGGUGAAUGAAAACCCUGUUCUAGUGGUGCUGGACAGACUUCUGGGCUUAGUUGACAAGUUUUGUUCAUUCUGUAAUAACUGCAAAGAUCCGAUGACUAAAAUUGAGCGACAAGAAUUUAGCGGGUAUGAACAAGCUUUCAAUAACCACGUUGACUCUCUUUUUAAACUUCUUAUUGGAUUGAAAGCUGGAGCUAGCAGUGCACCAUUAUCUCAACUUUUGCUUCGGUUGGAUUUCAACUAUUGGUUCAGUAACAAUACACAAACCAGUUUUAAUUAGAAA